GGAAAGCGGAAGUGAGAAGACUUCCGGCCGGCGUGAGCGGCGCGUGUUCUGCGGUCCUGAAGUUUGCCGUUUUCUAGGUAAAUAUGGCUAAAAGCUUACGGAGUAAGUGGAAAAGAAAGAUGCGUGCAGAAAAGAGAAAAAAGAAUGCCCCGAAGGAGCUCAGCAGGCUAAAAAGUAUCCUUAAAGUAGACACUGAUGUCUUAAUGAAAGAUGUACAAGAGAUAGCAACUGUCGUGGUGCCCAAACAUUGCCAACAGACAGCCCAGUGUGUGGAAAAAGAUGAAAAAGAUGACAUGAAAAUGGAGACAGAAAUUAAGAGAAACAGAAAGAGUCUUCUAGACCAGCAUGGACAGUAUCCUAUAUGGAUGAACCAGAGGCAAAGAAAAAGGCUGAAGGCAAAGCGACAGAGCAAGAAGGGGAAAAGCAAAGCAAAAGCAGCAAAAGCAGCGAAGGGGUUGGCCUGGUAGACCCUUAGAAACUGGAGAAAGGCCUCUGGGACAGAUGUUUGAUGUGCGUGUGCACAUUGAUGCCAGCUUCCACCAAAUGAAAACUUUUUACUUUAACUUGGUCUUUUUAAUUCAUAUCUCGUUUGUUUUGGAUCUUGAAUAAAAUACUUUCUUUGAUGAUUGAAAGUUAUAUUGAGGUUUUAAUCAGCUGCUAUUUGUAUGCAGGGAUUAUCAGACAUUGCCAUGAUUGUAGGUAUUUGUUCGUAGUGAAGAACAAUGAUAAUAGAUGAAUUUGAGCGAAUUAAGAUUUAAAACCAAUCUGUUAUGUAAUGUUUUUUUAAAAGCUGUCAGUGGGUCUUAACAGCAGUAUUUGUUCAUAGUGCUGAUUUUGUGUAAUUCACACUCAAACAUAUUUUGUGUGUAGAUCUUUUAUUUCAUAUAUCCUUGGGUUUCCAACAGAGAGACCAGAUUUUUAAAACAUUUUAAGUUUUUUUGUAAAAUAUUAACAUGCACUAGUCUAUGUGCUCCGUUUAUAUAGGACAUUAGAACUUCCUAGGAAAUGCCUUAUGUACUUCAGUUAUUAUUUUGAAUUUACAAAAAUACAACAUUUCCCAGUGUAUUUUGCUAAGAAUCAUUUUUUUUUUUUUUAACCAAGGCACGUAUAGAUUUCAUUGUCAACGUGAAUUUGGGAAUGGGUCCAAACUUGAAAGUUCAUAAAAAGCGUUAGCUUAUAGUCUUUAGAGAUGCAGCUGUAAAGAAGCCUGUUUAACUCUGACUCUCUGAAACCAGUCUUUGAGUCUGUUGCAAGUGCUGAUGGUGAAGUUAUUUUGUUAUGUCUGUUCUGCUGUAGUUUACUAAUUUUAAUUUCACCUGGAACUAAAUUUACCUUUAGUUAAGCUAUUUAAACUUGGCAUUGCUUCUGAACUUUCACUGUAAUUCUGUUAACCAUUAGUACAUUUCCCUAGAACAACAAAUCUUUGAGUGUCUACUGUGUACCAAGAACUUUUCUAGUCUACCCACAUGGGCAUCUAUUCAGGAGAGUACAGUUCAAAGAGAACUUUCAAAAUAAGUCACAUAGUCAUCAGCUUACAGUUUUUGCCCCUGCACACAGCUAGACUGAAAAGUAAUCUACAGAUACAUUACCCAUAUUCUGAGUAUAAAAUCUGAUACCAGUAUCAUCUAAAGUUAUUUUACAUAAUAGACUUUUCUCAAUUACCCAAUGGUUAGUUCACUGAAAAAUUAGUGAAUAAUUUUUAAAUGUUUGAAAUAAUUUUUUUUCAAAACAGAAAACAUGAGUUGGAAAAAUAUCAUUCUGGGCCUUUGGUAAAGUUAUGAACAAUAAAGAGUUUGUGAGGAAAAGGUAAAUAUGUAUGUUCAUUCGUAAAAUAAACAU